UUUUUCUGUGCUUCCCAUGUCUCACGCGAUAGCGUGCUUCCGGGUUACGUUGACUGUUGUCAUUAUAUUCAUGACUACAGGUAUAGCUUGUGGCGAUGUCAUCGAGUUUUCCCGAGGAACACACGAUCAAGUGGAUUGAUUAACACCUCCAGAUAAGGACGUGCUGAGGAAAUGCAACAAGAAUCCCAAGGCAAAAGGCAUUCACCUCGAAAGCGAGGGGCCGAAUGUGUUGAGGAAAUUGAUCAGGAGUCCCAAGGCAAAAGGCAUUCACCUCGAAAGCGAGGGGCUGACCUUGCUAGGGAUCCAGACCAGUUUGCAUCAAAUGCAGCUUCUUCUUACAUACCUGGAAAGCGACACAAAGAGGGAGUAGUAAGUAAUGAUGACCUUCAAACACUUGGCAAAGCUAUUGGUGUCAAGUGGGAUCGACUGGCACGUCGACUACCUGGAAUUACAGAAGAUGACAUAGAAGAAAUUGAAGACAGAUAUAAAAAUUUGUCUCAAAGGGGAUUUCAUAUGCUGAAACUGUGGAAAACAAACAAUGGGGAAGCUGCAGACUAUAAGACUUUGUAUGAUGCAUUAGUCCAUGAGUUGGUACAGCGGAAAGACUUAGCACAAAAGUAUUGUUUAGAAUAAUAUCUCAUAGAUAUUGCUCAUACCAAACCUGGCAGUUAGUUUAAAUAGAGACGGCCACUAGGUGGAAAGUAGAGAUAACUUCGCUAGUUACCAAUAAAUUCCAGUUGGUUAUUAAUUGUAAGAAUCUAAUGAUGAAUUUAUCCUUGAUUUACAUCCUUUUAUCGAUAGCCUUUUUACAACAUGUGUUUAGCUAAUAUUGUACACGCAUUUGAUUGCAUCUAUUGAAGGAAAGACGCAUAGACGGUGGAAAAUGUUGAAGCUUUAGAAUGAUCGUAUGUCAGCUCAAGAGAGAAGUUCUUUAAAGUAAAGCUGGAGUAUUUUAGAUAAACUCGAUGGGCACCCUAAGUUUUUUGAUGCAGACAACUAUAUAUACUGUCUUAAAAAAUAAAAUAAGUGCUUGUUUGGAGCAACUAGGUUAGUGAUUAUGUGAGCAUUUUUUAAUGUAUGGGGAACGCUACAUAUGUAGUCGUUCGUCGUUGGUUUUCACAAUUUUAAUUUGUUUUUGUACAAAUCGAGAAUGACGAUAUUUUUAUUUUGCCAUGGUAGUAUUAUAGUUAACUAGUGUUUGCUUAGCAACUGUCUUUUAUGCAAUGUAAUGGAAUAUUUAGCUCGAUUAUCAAAUACAUGGAGUGUAUUCACUUUGAA